AUGGGUAUGCGGCUACGAACAUCAUCUUUCUUCCAGUCUCGAAACAUCUCUGGACAGUCGACUCGCAGUGCUCAAAGUUCUCCGCUGGUAUCUCCUGCUGCUGAGAAGGCUGGAUUUCUGUCUACAUCGGAACAACCUCAACAUCUCCUAUCACCCAAUCCUCAAUCGAGACCAUCAUCUCGUCUUCGCAAUGGAAGUCCUCCCUCACCACCUUCUGAUACAUUGUUCGAUGAACGGACUGCCGACACACUGCAUCCAACUGUCGUCGAGAGGGACGAGGAAAAGAACCGCCGGAGGUCGUGGUUUGGACGAAGUAAGAGCACCGAAAGCAUGGAACGAGGCCCCGCGGCAUGGAUCGUUGGUCAUCCGGAGCGACGACUAUACGACCUUGGUCGUCUGACAAGCGGAGAACAGUUGUCAGAGUUAUGGGAUGAAAGCGCAAACUGUGAGAUAUAUUUGUUCCCUAGGACUUCUGGCAAGGGUCCUUCGUUCCGACUCGACUCGAAAUUAUUGGCUUCGUCCAAGUUAUUGACCGAGUUGGUUCUGCCUUCCGGGUCUGAUAUCAACUCGAACACUACCGAGCCUCAUACGCCUCCUAUGACUCCUAAGACCGGAUCAAGGUGCGAGCUCUUCUUGCCCAUCGCACUAAAAUCUGACAUGGUGUUGUCGGUGCCUACUGGGUCUCAAGAACUAUUGGGUGACGAGGAGACGCUUGUUGCGGCCCGCAAUCUCUUUGCUUUCCUUGCUGGAGAGUCCUUAGUUGCCACGCAGAAGACCCCGACUAUGUUCUCUGUCUUCUCCAAAGUAUCGGAGACUCUUAAACAGUUCGGUUUCUCCAACCUCGAUGGUUCCACGUUCGGUGAGAUUGCAAUGUCCAGUUUCGAUAAAUACGUGGAUGAGCUCGGCCUGGCAGACGUGAGAUCAAGCCGUGAGAAGACCAUCGAGGGCGUCGUUCUAGGAGAGCGCAUGAAGAAUAUCAAGCUGUACAACGAAUCUUUCACUCAUGCUGUCGGUACGCACGAUGAGCUCUUGAAGAUGAGAAGCCCAAAAUUCAGACUCAUCAGCCCCAUCUCUGCCAACAGGCUGGGACGUGCAGCGAUGGACCUGGAAAAGCGCACAGCAAGCGUUCGGCACACCUUGGAAGACUUUGACUUCCCGCAACUCUUUUCUGGCCUUCUGAACAGCAAAACAGCCGAGGAGCGCAAGGACGUUGAUUUUGACUCCUUACGAGAUUCGUUUCUCGCCACUCGAAAGUUUGUCGUUGCAUUCUACAAAAAUCGCUAUGGUUCGUGGCCGCCGAAGGCAUCGAAGAAGAACGAGCUCGAAACGAGCGGUCUCAACCGAACGGUCUGUCGAGAUCUGUACCAUGAUCUUUGCGCCGUGUACGACCUGUUGGUAGACCGCUCAAGUCUAACAAACCGUACUGCAGACGGUGUCUUGAUUGACGAUAGGGAUGCUGAUGCGCCACGGGUACGAGCACUUCGUGCGGUACUAAGUGAAUAUGACCGCUCCUCGCCGCCAGUCAAGCCGCCAAUUCCCUACGAUCUUCCUAUGAUUCCAUCACUAAGGCAGACCCGGUGUAAUGGAUGGGGCGAUGCGAAGAAGGAAGCGAAGGCCAUGUCGAAGAGACUAAAAGACGACGACGUUGCGGAGAUCAUGACAGCCUCACACAAUAUUGACGUGCCUCCUNCGCCAUUCUUGAACUCUUUCAGAGAAGUCGAACGCAAAGCGGCGAAACAUCGCACUAUCAAGGAACUGGCAGAAGUUCGCAUGGGCCAAUGGCUUUUCGUCUACGCCGUACUGCAAGCUUUACCGAUGGUCACUGUCGACGGACCUCAACUUCAAUAUACUCAGGGUGUAGAGUAUUUCCUCUGCGAGUCUCCCAGAUUCGGUGUGCCUUGGGCGAGGGAAGAGGCGCUGCGCGACGCGAGUCGUACCGGAAUAGCCAGAGCAGGAGGUAUCGCCCACCUCCCUGCUGAUGAUUUCCAUCAUGGCGCCGAGGGUAUAUACUUCCGGAGCCACUGCUGGCAGGCAGCAAAGAAAUGGAGUGCUGGAGACACAGCACUGACCUCAGUACUCCAUUCGCAACACCUUAUUGAUACAUAUGAAGUCGAUCCUCCAGCGGUAGCUAGAGUUCAGGCACCUUCUAGUAGGAGUGGCAGUCCUGCGGGCGAUGUCCAGAGUCGGAAUGCAGUGGGCCUUGGUCUGGAUUUACCCAAGACUCGACCAGCAAGACCAGUGAGCGUGUAUGAUCCAAACUUGACCUUCGACUCAAUCUUAGGUAGUACCCCAACGGGUGCGGACAAGAAGAAGAAGUAG